AUGCUGUAUUCGUUGGCCGAUUUACUGGUUGCGAAGCGAUUUUGCAAGGGAAUUGAAACAGCAAUCUUGGAAGCAAGCCAGCUCAGUGGCCCAUCAAGUUCUCACAAAUAUUACCUAUCCAAUUUGUUUGAAGUUAUCUUCAACAGGAAAUCAGAGCACUGCCGUAAGUUGCGCAUCAAUAAUCCCGAUGCGGUAAAAAGGAAACUUACUCGCAUGAUCGCUCUGGGAAAGGACAAUCUCCAGGUAAGAAAGCUUUUAGAGGUUAAUGUUGCUCCUCAGGUUAUAUCUGACUUUGACUGGACUAUGUCGAAGUUCGUUCACAAAGGUGAGCGUACCCCCUCGUGUCACGGAAUCUUUGAGCAGGCUCCCGAUAUGUCGUUGGAAAUACAGAACCAGUUACGUAUUCUACAAAAAACUUAUGAACAGGUUGAAUGUGAUCCAACUAUUCCAGUUUCCACAAAGAUUCCACUCAUGGUGGAGUGGUGGGAUUUAGCGCAGAAAGCGAUCGUCAAGUCAAAUGUACAUAAAUAUACACUGAAGGCAACUGUAAAUCAGUGCAACCUUGCCUUAAGGGACUAUGUAGGAGACUUCAUAGUACAGCUGCACAGGGAAAAUAUUCCCAUGCUUAUAUUUUCUGCUGGCAUUGGGAACGUUAUAGAACUUCUUCUGGAACGUUUUCACCUGCGCUUCGACAAUGUUCGAGUAGUCUCCAACUUCAUGGACUUCAACGCUGAGGUACUUCUUCUUCUUCUACUUGAUAUCUGCCGUUCUAUUUGUCCACCUUCGACCUCGUAA